GUUAGCAGCACUAAGUGGUGGCUGGUGGUUAUAACCAACCAACCUAACCUCCCUCCUCCACUCAAAGUUUCAGACCCCUCCUCUGUUUAGCGAGUGCCGGGGGACUCGGCCAGCCACCAUGAAGUUCAUGAAACUUGGCGGGAGGCCCGACACUUUCUUCUCCCCCUCCGAGUUCGCGAGGUCCGUUUAUACGGAGGUGACCACUGACCUGCAGAUCCUGGUGGGUAACUGCCUCUACCAUCUCCACAAGUUUCCUCUGCUCUCGAAAUGCCUGCUUCUGCAGGCGCUCUGCGCCGAGCCCGGCUCCGGCGGCGACGGCGAGGUCAUCGAGCUCGCGGGGUUCCCCGGCGGAGCGGAGGCGUUCGAGGCCUGCGCCAAGUUCUGCUACGGCAUCACCAUCACCGUCAGCGCGCGCAACCUCGUCCCGCUCCGUUGCGCGGCGGCGCACCUCGGCAUGUCGGAGGCCGCCGACCGGGGCAACCUCGCCGCGAAGCUCGACUCCUUCCUCGCCUCCUGUCUCCUCCGCCGCUGGAAGGACGCGCUCGCCGUGCUCCACUCCACGCGCCACGGCGCGCCGCUCUGCGAGGAGCUCGGCCUCACCUCCCGCUGCGUGGACGCCGUCGCGGUACUCAUCGCCAGCCCCGCCAACGCCAUGCCCGCCAAGUCGACGUCGGCGUCGCCGUGGUGGGCUCACGACGUGGCCGAGCUCGGCGUCGACAUGUUCUGGCGCAUCAUGGUGGCCGUCAAGUCCACGGGCGCCGUCCACGAGAAGACCGUUGGCGACGCGCUCAAGGCGUACGCGCGCCGCUGGCUGCCCAACGUGGCCAAGGACGCGGAGCAGCCGUUCGAUGACGCUGGCGCCAUUGCCGCUGCCGACGACAGCGUGAAGCAGGUCACCACGAGGCACCGGCUCCUGCUGGAGAAGAUCGUGAGCCUUCUCCCCGUGGACAAGGACGCCGUCUCCUGCGCCUUCCUCCUCAAGCUCCUCAAGGCGGCCAACAUCCUGAGCGCGUCCGCGGCGUCCAAGGCGGAGCUGGUCAGGAGGGUGGCGUGGCAGCUAGAGGAGGCCAGCGUCGGCGACCUGCUCAUCCCGUCCGUGUCCUGCGUCAGCGACAUGCUCUACGACGUGGACGCCGUGGCGGCCAUCCUGGACGAGUUCGCCCUGCGGCACGCGGCGGCGAACGCGCAGCCGGCGCAGCCUCCAGCAGCGGGGAGCCCCGACGACGACAGCCCGGCGCGGUCGGGUGGGCACCGGCGGUCGAGGUCGGACGAGAGCGUUGGGUUCGAUGGCGCGCGGCGGUCGUCAUCAGCGGCGCCUGUCUCGCAGUACGCGCUGGCCAGGGUGGGCAGGCUGGUGGACACGUUCCUGAUCGAGGUGAGCAAGGACCCCAACCUGCCCGUGGACAAGCUGCUCGCCAUUGCCGAGGCCGUGCCCGACAGCGCCCGCCCGGAGCACGACGGCCUCUACAAAGUCGUCGACUCGUACCUCAAGGCGCACCCGGAGAUGAGCAAGAGCGCGAGAAAGCGGCUGUGCCGGGUGCUCAACUGCCGGAAGCUGUCGGAGAAGGCGUGCUCGCACGCGGCGCAGAACGAGCUCCUCCCGCUCCGCGUCGUCGUGCAGGUGCUCUUCUUCGAGCACGCCCGCGCGGCGGCGCUCUCUGGCGGGCCCGUUUCCUCCGACUCCGACCUGCCGAGCAACAUCAAGGCGCUGCUGUCCUCCAAGUCUGCAGGGUCGGAGGACGACGACGCCGACCGGGUAGACGAGCAGCGGCUCCGCGCCCUGGCAUCCGGCGCGUCCCCCGGCGACGACUGGAGCGUGGAGGGCCUCCGGCGCGCGGCGUCCAAGAUCGCCACGCUGCGCAUGAAGAUGGAGGAGGACGAGGACGAUGAUGAUGAGUUCGUGCGCAAGGCCGGGCUGUCGCGCAGCGCGUCCCUGCGGUUCAGGGCCUUCUGCGCCCUCCCGACGGCGAACCCCAAGCGGAUGCUCAGCAAGCUGUGGCCUUUGGCUAGAAGCAUCACCGCCGACCGGCAUUAGCAACCAGCAAGCCAUUAGGUUUUUUUGUAAUUGCUUCUUCUGUCUCUUCUUUUUUGGGGUUUUCUACCUUGCCCAAGGCUCAAGGUUGAUUUGUUUCUAUCUUUGAUCUCAUCAGUUACAGUUCUAAGGCUGAGUGUACCAUCCCUGUAGCCCUAAUCAUAUAAUUGUCAAAAUAAAAUAGGAACAUAUCUGCA